GGAGAGUCCUCUGUAGGAGUGGCAGUCCUUCAGGCUUGAGGGAGAGUCCUCUGUAGGAGGGGCAGUCCUUCAGGCUUGAAGGACAGCACUCCUCCCAAGCAAAGAUGAGUGCUACAUAAAAGCUUUCUUUUCCCUCGCUUUUUUUUUUCUUUUUUUUUUUUUACAGUGUAUUGGCAAGGGAGAGAAAGGAAGAAAAAAAGGAAGCGAGGCAGCACAGAGUGGGAAGACGGACGAGGCCCUGCGAGGUACAUUUGCGUAAACCGUCCCAGCUGAGGAAGACAGUGCUCGGGUGUGUGUGUGGGUUUUUUUCCCCCUCCUUUUCUCCUCCGCUGCCCCUUUUAGCCCCCCACCCCCCCACCGUUGUUUACCCUCGCCCUUGGAAACCCGCUUUGCGCGAGACAGUCACAGGAGGCAACACGCUGAGCGAAAGUGACCAUGGGCAUCUGGCUGCACGGCUGUGGGACACUGUUGCUGGGCCUGCUCUUGGCCUUGGCCUUGAUGGACCCUGGGGCCGAGGCAUGCACCUGCCAGCCUGCCCACCCUCAGGAGCACUUCUGCCAGUCGGAAAUAGUAAUCCGGGCAAAGAUAUCCGGUGAGAAGAUUAUAUCUCCAAGCAACAGCUCUUCACCUUACCAGAAGAUGAUUCAGUAUGAAAUCAAAUUAAUCAAGAUGUUCAAAGGCUUUGACAAAGUGAAAGAUAUUCAGUAUGUCUACACACCAGUCUUUUCCUCUCUGUGUGGCGUUAAGCUGGAUGCCAGCAACAAGGUUCAAUAUUUGCUUACAGGAAAUAUGUGGAGUGAAGGAAAAGUGUCGAUUGGACUGUGUGACUUCAUCGAGCCUUGGGACAACCUCUCAUUGGCUCAGAAGAAGAAUCUAAACUACAGAUACCAAAUGGGAUGCGACUGCACUAUUUCCACUUGUUACACUGCCCCCUGCUGUGCCACAUCGGAAAAUGAGUGCCUGUGGACGGACUGGAUUCUGGACAACAAAAUGAGCCGAGAGCAGGCCCGCCAGUAUGCCUGCAUCAAGCGCACGGACGGCUCCUGCAGCUGGUACCGAGGCAGCGCUGGUCCCGACAAGGACUUUGCGGAUGUGUCAGAUCCCUGAGGACUAAGGACUGAGUGGGGAUCGGGGUGGGGACUGGAAGGUGGGAGGGUUGACGGCCCACCAUGACUCAUAGAGAAAGGUGGCAACGAUAAUGCCUCCGAUGUUCUACUGGCCUGUAGAAUUCAGAUUUCCACGCAUUGCUUAUUAAGAUGUUCAUAUUAAGAUGUGUAUGGCCUAUUUGGGCCACUCGAAUUAAUGUAAAUUAAUGUAAGCCUGGGGGUCUGGAUUUCUUGCCUACUUCACCAUAUACAGCAUAUACAGAAUGUGCUUUUUACUGCUUAUAAUUCAGUUUCACUUAACGAUACCCUGUAAUCUUUAAAAUGUAAAAUUUUGUAUUGCACAUCCGUUUGGAAACUACCUAUUCCAGUUUUGGGAAAAUGGCAUUUUAAAUGAAACAAGAUAAUAUAAUGUAUUCAAACUCGAAAAAUAUCUCCUAAUGUAUGUUUAUGUAGCUAAUUAAACAUUUGUUACAUGCUCAACAUUUUAUUCAGAUUUCAUAUGUCAGAUGUAUACAUAUUUAUAUAUGUUUGGGAAUUUAUUUUAGUUUCUUUGUCUUAUAAAUAUACAUAUAGCAUGCCAAUUAAGGAGUUUCACUAAGGGAGGGUUUUUAAUCUUCUUGGACUGCCUGCAACUGACAUAUUGAAAAGUGUUUUUAUCCCAGAGUUAUUGAGAAUUGUAAUUGGCUAAUUGUAUUUAUUUGCAGCCACAUUACGAUAUUUUAUCUAAGGUGUUUUAUGACAUCUGUGAGGAGAAAUAAAACACACCCCUCUAGCAUUUCAACAGUAGCAAAUUAAAACA